AUGGCCACGGCCGACAUGGGCCUCACCGAGCAGUUUGCCUGCAUUCCACCAGCGACCGUGUCAGCAGGCUGCCGUCGAAUCACGCUCUACCGCGCCCUAGAGCUGCACUGCGCCCAAGACAGCUCUGCAUAA